AUGCCUGAUCGUCGUUCAGGUCUUGUCAUGGAAAGUACCGAAUGUUAUAUAAAUGAUUUUGAUUCAAAUUAUCGAAAAUUAAUUUCAAAAAACAAUUAUUGUAAUGAUUGUCCUGGUUUACUUAUUUUUCAUACGAAUUCAUCAGAAAUUUUCUUAUUUCCAGAAUAUCUUGAACGUAUUUUAGAAGGACGAACACAAAUACAACGAAAAAAUGUCGUGAUAUUAACAACUUCACUUAUUGGAGCAUAUGAUUUAGAUUUUACCUUUUUUUCACGUUAUUAUUCUGCUCGUCCAUUGGAUGAAGUUCCUUCACUUUAUGUUGAUUUACAAUUACCAGUAUACGAUCUGAAACAAGUAACACAACCGAGUUUACGUCUUCGUAUACCCAAUUAUUAUGAUGAUAAAGAAGGAUUAUCAAAAAUCAGCAGACAAGAAUUAAUUAAUCCAUUAAUUAAUGAUGAACAAACUAUGUCAUCUAAUGCUCAUCAAUUACCUUAUAUUUAUCAUUUCGAUAUGGAAAAGCAUCGUCAUCCACCAAGUCAAUGUACUUUAUAUGAUGUUCAAGUUUCAUCGUCUUCUCUCAUUUGGAAAAUGUUAGAUUCUGCAGUAGCAACAUGUCAUACAUUUAUGCCUUAUUUUGGACAAAAUAAAUGUUUUGCAACAGGUUUUACACGUCUAUUUUGUCCAAUUGAACGAAGUAUAUCAUUAGAUGAUCGUCUACAAUUAUCACCAUAUUUUAAGACAACUAAUUAUGUCGAACGUUUAACUAUAGCUGUAACUGGUGGUCGUCAUGUUCAAAUGUUCUUAAGUAAUGAUCAAAUGACACCAGCUCAACAAGUUAAAAUUCUUCUUCUACAAGGUCAUUUAGUAGUAACUGAUAUUAAUACUAAUUUACCUAUUCGAGUUGAAUAUGGUUGGAAUUGUGAUGAUUUUAGUCUUGUUACUUCAAUUGGCUUUAGUGCAACUCGAUAUCGUCGUUUUGAUGGUGAAAAUUUAGCUAUUUAUGAAAGAAAUAGUAUUGUUCCUCUACCACGUUGCUUUCGAGUAGUAUCUAAUUUAGUUAAAAUACCAUCAUCAUCAAUUAUGAUAAGUACUCUUAAUUCUUCAAUUAUUGAUUUGAAAUCAAAUGAAAAACAAAUAAUAAAUUUAAAUCUAUCAGAAAUAAAUAUUAUAAAUAACUUAAAUUUAACAAAUACAACAAUCAAUAAUCAACAAAACAUUUUAUCAAACUAUUUGAAUAGUUUAUCUAAUUAUGAUAAAUUGGCUUAUGGUGCAAUUGUUUUAUUAGUUUUAGUUGCUCUUAUUCCUUUAUGUCUUUUUGUUUUCUAUUGUUUAUAUUGCAGUCAACAUCGCAAAUCAAAAUGGACAUUGGAACAUGACGGUCAUACUAAUCCAGCUUAUAAUAGUUCUAAAGAUGAUCCAAACGAUACUUCAGUUUGUUCUUAUGUCAAUAAAUCAACUCAAACAACAGACGAUCCUAUUCGAAUUUAA